AUGAGUCUCCUGGUGUGGAACUGUCAUGGGGCUGGCAAAUCCGCGACAGUUCAAGAGCUUCGUAAUAUGACGAAGCAAUUUGCCCCCUCUAUAGUAUGUAUUCUAGAGACUCAAAUAGAGGGAUCCCGAGUGGAGAGUUUAGCUAAUACGCUAGGUUUCAAUAAAAGCUAUGCUGUAAGCAGUUCUGGUAGGAGUGGAGGUCUUGGUAUAUUUUGGAACGAUAUAAUAAAAGUUGAAGUUAUUGGUUAUUCUGAGUAUCAUAUCGAUGUGAUAGUGGAUGAUUUUGGUGACACAAAGAGCAGAGUGACAUUUGUGUAUGGUGAAGCGCAGGUGCCAGAAAGAUAUAAGACAUGGGAUAUGCUCACGGGAAUUACAGCGCUGAGCAGUCUUCCAUGGGUAGUGAUUGGUGACUUCAAUGAAGUUUUGCAUGCACAUGAACACGACGGGGUUGGUCAGCGCAGCCAGGUUCAGAUAGAUGCUUUCAGAGAUGCGAUUGAUACAUGCAGCCUUCUGGACAUUGGGUACACUGGAAAUAGCUGGACUUUUGAAAAAAAGGUAACCGGUGGCACGUUUACGAGAGUCCGUUUGGAUAGGUGCGUCGCAACGCCAGAGUGGAUGUUGGCAUUCCCUCAGGCAGAGUUGGAACACAAGGUAGCAGCUUCAUCGGAUCAUGCACCCUUGCUCUUGCGACUUGACCACGUGCAUGCAUGCAGGAAGGGGCCCAAGCCUUUUAAAUAUGAACUUGCAUGGGAACGCCACCCGGACCUGGUCGGGGUAGUGGAGAUAGGCUGGAAAGAUAAACCAGUCGAGAGUGUGGCGGGAAUCCAAGGCAAGCUGACGCUGCUGUCGGAUGAUUUGUCUACAUGGGAACGCAAUCAUUUCGGCAGUGUCAGACGGGAGAUCAGCGAACUGGAAAAGCAGCUGGAUAUUUUGCGAUCAGAUCCGAGCAGAUAUGCCCCAACGCAUUUGGAAACAAAGAUAGCUGGCAGGCUGGUUGAAUUAUAUCACCAUGAGGAAAUUUUAUGGUGCCAAAGAGCAAGGUUAGAUUGGCUGGUACACGGUGAUAAAAAUACUUAUUUCUUUCAUCUCCGGGCGAGUAGGAGGCGCAAGAAAUACCAGAUAAAAUCCCUCCAACUUCCAGAUGGCAGAAUAACGCAUGAUAAGCGGGAGUUGGAAGAGGCUGCUACUGCCUUCUAUGACAACCUGUACAGCUCGGAGGGGGUGCAGAAUAUGGACCAUGUCUUGGAUACGGUCCCGCGCAAGGUCAUCUCCAACCGUCUCAAGGUAAUUUUACCAGAUAUCAUAUCAGAGGAACAGUCUGCCUUUGUCCCUGGCAGGUUGAUUACUGACAACAUUAUCACAGCAUAUGAAUGUCUGCAUUUUAUGAAGAGGAAUAAAGCUAAGAAAAAUCAACAUGGUGCCUUGAAGCUGGACAUGACGAAGGCUUAUGACCGAGUAGAGUGGUCUUAUCUGCAAUCCAUCAUGCUGAAACUGGGCUUCUCGGCAAGGUGGGUAGAUAUUGUAAUGGGGACGAUCACAUCUGUCAGUUUUUCUGUGAUGUUCAAUGGGAAGAGGCUUCAACCGUUCAAACCCACCCGUGGCAUCCGACAAGGGGACCCAAUCUCUCCUUAUUUGUUUUUGUUGGCAGCAGAGGGCCUUUCGUGCCUGAUCAAAUCAAGACAACAGUCAUCAAACCUUGGUGGGAUACAAGUGGCUUCUUCGGCGCCACCUGUUAACCACUUACUCUUCGCAGAUGACAGCCUGCUGUUCUUCAAAGCAAAUGUAGAGGGAGCAUCGGAGGUGCACCAACUGUUGGAUACUUACUGUCAAGCAACGGGGCAAAGAAUUAAUUUUGAGAAAUCAUCAAUAUUCUUUAGCAAAGGGGUUGCGGAAAGUGUUCGAGCAGAAAUAAAAGGGCUAUUGCAUGUGCCCAGUGAGACACUUAAUGAGAAAUAUCUUGGAAUGCCAUCGGAUGUGGGCUCGUCUCGGAAUGGGGCAUUCAAAUAUCUCAAGGACCGUCUGUGGAAUAAGAUCCAAGGGUGGAUCGAGAAAACAAUGUCCACGGCGGGGAAAGAAGUUCUAGUCAAGUCUGUUGCGCAGGCCGUCCCAGUUUUUUCAAUGUCGUGUUUCAAGCUGCCGAGGGGGCUAUGUGAACACUUGAACAUGCUAGUCCGCAAGUUCUGGUGGGGGAGUGGAGAUGGCAAGCGUAAUCCAAAUUAG